GAUAGUUCUCAUAGAAAUAAUUUUUUUCUGCAUGUUUUAGGAAUAUCCCAAUUCGAAGCAUUGGUGGAGUAUUUUAUGGGUCACCCUAUUAUGGGAAUGUUUUUGUAUACAUACAAUCGCACGUGUUCAUCAAAGAUUGCUAUAUUAUUCGUGGCAGAGCGCAACAGUUGCUUUUUUUUAUAAAAACUACUGAAUAUCGAACUUAAUAACUAGUUUGGAAGUAAUAUUAUAAGUCUGGAAAAAACUGUUCCUUAAAUUUGUGUUGUUAUUUCAUCCGCUCUAAUCUAAAUUGAACAUAUUAACAAUGAAGCGAAAAUCCGAGGGAGGAAACAAACCGGGCGUAUCGAAACAGAAAACCGAAAUAGUUUUCGAUCCUGAAAAGCGCAAAGAUUUCCUCACAGGAUUUCACAAACGGAAAUUGCAUCGCAAAAAGUUGGCCCAGAAUGACAUUGAGCGGAAAGUUAAGGAAGAAACUCGUAGAAUACGCACCGAGGCAAAAAAUGGAAUGAAAAAGCUGUACCACUCGUUUAAACCGAUCCCGGAACUUGCUGCCGAAGAGGAUGACGAGCAAGAGUAUGACACGGAAAACGUAACGGUUAAGGUCGUGGAGUUGGUCACAACAGAUUUGGCCAAGCAGAACAACUGGAUCGGAGAAAAUCGAGCGAUUGUCAGAGGGGAAAACGAGGAGGAUAAAAAUAGUGACCAGAAAAGUUCCGAUGGCGAAGAGGAUAACGAUAUUGAUACUAUUCCCGGUAUGGAAAUGGAGGAGAAAGCCCCAAAGAAGAAAACUAAAACGAGUAAAUCCGAUGAGGACGCAGAAGAGGAUGCUGGUGAUGGACCCAAUAGGGAAAGAACCGAAAUCAAGAAAGGUCCUGUUCUGAAUUUCGAUGGAAUUAGAUCGAAGAAAGAUUUGAACAAAAAGUUGAAACGUUAUGCUAACAAAUCCAUGCUGAAGAGUAAAGCAUUUCAGCAGUCGGUUCGCGUUCAGCAGCAGAAGCAGAUGAAGAAGUCCCGCCGAGUGCGUCACUUCAAAGAGAAACAUCUGAAACGGAAGGGCAAACUACCGGGCGAUAAGCAUCGCAAGGGCAGGAAACAGGCUGAUUGAAUAAAAAAUAUUAAAAAAUG